CAUUUCAAUUUGAUUUUUCAAUAUAAUACUUUUAUUAGAAUUUAUUAUUAUUUGUUCAUUUCCAAAACACCCUUUAAAUUUAUCAUUUAAUUUAAUUUAAUUUAAUUUAAUUUAACUUAACUUGUUUUAAUCAUUUAGUCGAUUCUCCCUUUGUACAUAUUUUUCAAAAACUUUUAAAGACUAGAGUGAUAUAAAAUUUUAUUCAUUAUCAUUAAUAAUAAUAUUUAAAUCAACUAAUUAAUUAAUUAAUUAAUAUUAUUAUAUUUAUUCUAUUUCCAUUUCCAUUUCAUUCUGGGUUUAGGUGCUAUUAAAAAUUUGUUUAUAAAAAUUCACUAUAACUUGAAAAAUUUUAAAAAUUUUAAACAUUUUAAAACUUUUAUUUAAUUAAUCAUGUCAUAUUACGAUCCUUAUCAAGGUAUGUCUCAACAAUAUAUGGGUCAACCAUAUUAUCCUCAAUAUUAUCAACAACAAGGUCAACAACAAGGUCAACAACAAGGAGGACAAAUUCAACAAGGACAAAAUCAAGAUGAUCAAUUACUUGGAAAUUUAACUGGAUCAGUUCAAACUUCUUCUAUUGAUUCAAGACCUUCAUCUUUUGAACAUCAAGGUUAUCCUCAAUAUGUUAAUGCUCCUUCUAAUCUUGGUGGUAAUAAUCCUGGUAUUCCUCUUGGUGAUAUUAAUAAUGGAUUUGGAUUUGAAGCUCAUAAUCCCGGUGUUACCGGUAAUGAAUUUUAUAAUGAAGAUGGUGUUUUCAUUAAUGGAAAUUCAGGUAUUAAUUCAAAUUUAGUAAAUUCAUUAUCAAAUGGUCAAUUUAAUGGAGGUGAUAUUAAUCAAUAUCAAUUUAAUAAUAAUACUCCUCUUCUUUCAUCUUCUGGUAAUUCAGGUGGAUUACAUGGAGAUUUAAUUUAUGGUCAAGGUAAUAAUAAUAUCGGAUCUGGAAAUAAUGGUUCAACCACUGGAUCACAAUCUGGUUCUGUUUCUGCUGCACCUUCUAGAACUGUUUAUUUAGGUAAUAUUCCUAAUGAUAUUCAACCAAAUGAAUUAUUAGAUUAUGUUAGAUCAGGUAUAUUAGAAAGUGUUAAAAUAUUACCAGCUAAGAAUUGUGCAUUUAUUUCAUUUAUUGAUCAUCAAUCAGCUUUAUUAUUUCAUUCUGAUUGUAUUUUAAAAAAAUUAAAUAUCAAAGGUCAUGAUAUUAGAAUUGGUUGGGGUAAAAAUACUUCAAUUUUACCAGCAGUAUUAGAAUCAAUUCAAAGAGAUGGAGCUACAAGAAAUGUUUAUCUUGGAAAUUUAAAUAAUCCAGUUACUGGAGAAGUUAUUACUGAACAAGAAUUAAGAGAAGAUUUAUCUUGUUAUGGUAUUAUUGAUUGUAUUAAAAUUAUUCCAGAAAAGGGAAUUGCAUUUAUUCAUUUCUUAUCAAUUUUAAGUGCUAUUAGAUGUGUAGCUAAUUUACCAUUAAAGGAAAAAUAUUUAGAUAAAAAAUGCUUUUAUGGUAAAGAUCGAUGUGCAUUUAUUACUAAAACUCAACAACAUAAUGCUGCUCAAUAUUUAGGUUUAGCUCCUGGUAUGGAACAUAUUGUAACUGCAGCUGAUCGAGAAUUUAUUUCAUCAGCAUUAGUUCAACAAUCAGCUGCAGCUGCUCAAAUUGCUACUCAAGCUGGGGGAGCAAAUAAUUUAGGUAAUAGAACAGUUUAUUUGGGUAAUUUACAUCAAGAUUCUUCAGUUGAAGAAAUUUGUAAUGUUGUUAGAGGUGGAUUAUUACAAAGUAUUCGAUUUUUAAAGGAAAGACAUGUUUGUUUUAUUACAUUUAUUGAUCCAAUUGCAGCUGCUCAAUUCUUUGCUAUGUGUCAAUUACAUGGUUUAACUAUUCAUAAUAGAAGAAUUAAAGUUGGUUGGGGUAAACAUUCAGGACCAUUAUCAAAUGCUUUAUCCUUGGCAGUUUCUAAUGGAGCUUCAAGAAAUAUUUAUAUUGGAAAUAUAACUGAUUUUGAUUAUUAUAAUCCUCAAAAAUUACGAGAUGAUUUUUCAAAAUUUGGUGAUAUUGAACAAAUUAAUUAUUUAGAAGAAAAAAAUUGUGCAUUUAUUAAUUUUGUUAAUAUUGGUAAUGCAAUUAAAGCCAUUGAUGGUAUUAAAUCAUUUGAUGAUUAUAGAAAUUUAAAGAUUAAUUUUGGUAAAGAUAGAUGUGGGAAUUUACCAAGACAAUUUCAAAAUCAAAAUCAAAAUCAAAAUCAACAACCUUUAAUGAAUGGAUUAGAUAAUGGAUCAAAUAAAUCAUUUUCUGAUAAUGAAUUUAUUGGUGAUGAUUCAAAUAAUCAACCAAUUGAUGAAAUCAAUUAAUUCAUUAAUUAACUAAUUAAUUCCUUAAUUAAUUCAUUAAUUCCUCUUGUUACCACUUUCGUUUCUAAUUUUUUAUCUGUUUGAAUUUAUGCCUAAUGAUGAUUAUGAUAAAGUUUAGUUUUCAUUCAUUCAUUUAUUAUUAUUAUUACUAUUAUUUUUACUACUAUUAUUACUACUAUUAUUAUUAUUAUUAUCUUCAUUUUUAAUUACAUUUUUUACCAUAACUUAUGGUUUAGUUAUCAUCAUUAUUCAUUUGCUUAUACAGAUUAUUAUUAUUUAAUUUCAGGUUA